UGGUACUUGAUCAAUAGUGAACGGAGGAUUCUGGACUACAGCCCCCAGCGGCGCCCGGGGCACUGGGAGCCUAGGCUAUCACGGCGGCAGCCAAUGAGCAGCGAGAGAGCGGCGGAGGAGGCUGGAACAGGUCUUCAAUAAGCCAUAGAGUCCUAAGGAAUAAGGACAGAUGCUGGAGGUCGCACAAGAACGAGUGGUGAGGGGCUUCGCGCUGUGGUGGUCAGGAGAUGAGCAAGUGCACUAUGCAGACUGAGAAGGUCAUAAACCAUAUACUGGAGAUCAUCUACCUGAUGACUGGAGAGGAAUACAUGAUUGUGAAGAAGCCAGUCCCGUAUAGAUGCGUACCUCAGGUUUCGGGAGACUUGUGCCCAACAAGAAACUCCAUUGUAGAGAUUCCAAGUGACUCGCAGGUUCAUCUCAGAGGGGACGCUGGCUCAUACCCUUCUAACCAACCCACCCAUGGGGCUAGCAGAAACGCGGAGAAUACGCUUCUAGACUCCGUCUUCCAGCCACCUGCCGGAGGUGGGCAUGUGCAGAUAAAGUGCGACGACAUUGCAAUGUACUUGUCAGUGGAGGAAUGGGAAUAUUUAGAAAAGCAUAAAGAUCAAUUCGAAGACACCAAUAUGGAGAAUCGCCCUCUUUAUGCAAAUCUACUGCAUAAUGCACAUAUUUUAGAUCGGACUUAUAAUCCACUGAACCCAUCAGGUGCAGCUGAAACCCCACUCAACUCGCAUGAUGGAGCUCAAGUCUCAAUCUUCUCACAGCAUGAAUCUCAAAACCAACAUGGGAAACGAAACGGAGUUGAAACCCCUUUCCAUUCACUUGGUGGAGCUCAAACCGCACUCUGCUCACAAGGUGGAGCUCAAACCGCACUCUGCUCACAAGGUGGAGCUCAAACCGCACUCUGCUCACAAGGUGGAGCUCAAACCGCACUCUGCUCACAAGGUGGAGCUCAAACCGCACUCUGCUCACAAGGUGGAGCUCAAACCGCACUCUCCUCACAUGGCCUAGCUGAAAACGCACUCUGCUCACAUGGCCUAGCUGAAAACCCACUCUGCUCACCGAACGGGGUUGAAACCCAACUCAACUCACAAGGUGGGGCUGGGACCCCACUCUGCUCACAGAACGGGGUUGAAACCCAACUCAACUCACAAGGUGGGGCUGGGACCCCAUUCAGCUCACAGACUUCAAUCUUCUCUCAGAAUGAAAUGCAAACUGCACUCCGCUCACAACACGGAUCUCACACCCCGCUUUGCUCACAACACGGAUCUCAAACGCUACUCAGCUCACAAUGUGCUGCUCAAGCCUCACUUUUUUCACAAAAUAGAGUUCAAACCCCAGCCUGCUCACAAGACUCCCUAAACCAAGGACCUAUAAAAGACUCAGACGGAGACCAGCACAGUCCAGAUAAAAAAGUUAGAGUGGAAACAGCUAAUGCACAUCUCCUCCAUUCAAAACACAAUAGAAAUGUAACAAACUUUGGGCUGUGUCUGAGCAAAUGUGAAAUAGACCAAAACAAUUUUGCUUUGAACGAGUACGCUAAAAAUACCUGUUCUUCUUCACAUAAUUUCCCUGAGCUUCCUCAGCUGAGCGCUAGCCCUGAUGUACCAACCCAUGUCAAAGAGGAAGAUACACUUGAAGCAGACGGGUCCUGCAUGGAAGGCCUACCUGAUGACUAUCAUACGCAGUUCUCUCAGUUUGACUUAGACCAAGGGCAAAAUGACCUAGGCAAAUUCCAAGGACGCCAUGCUGGGCUGGAAAAUAUGAAGAAUAAAUACUUGGCUUGGGACAUCCCCUCUGCUGCAACAGAAGCUGGGAAUGAGAAUGCAUCAGAACCCAACAGAGAACGCUCAGAUGUAACAGACAGCUCCCCAAAUAUGAUUGGGGAGCCAAAGGACUCCAUGCUAUGCCUUAAUAAAGACGUAACUGCUCUGCUAAUUGACCGUGCAUUACACAAUGACCCUUUUCAAGGUCUGUUCCUGGAAACUCACAUAAAGAAAGAAUUCAGUAAGAGAAAGCGCUGUGAGUCAGAGGAGGGUCACCAAAACAUGAUGGUGGGUGGCCGUGGUGCCAUGCAAGCUCUUAGGAAAGAUCCCCCAGCUUCCUUAAACUGCAUCCCAAACCAGUUUCCAGACUUGCCUCAGCUCACCCAGAUAAAAAAAGAGCCAUCUCCUUACUUAGCUUACCAGCAUUAUGCCAAGAAAGCAGGCCACCGCUGUCAGAAUGGCACCUUGAGGGGUGCUGUGAGACCUCGGCGGGGUGCGAGGGCCCUGCAGUCAGUGUCCUGCACAGAGUGCGGAAAGCUGUUUUCUUGUAACGCCUACCUCAUUAGACACCAGAGAAUACACACCGGAGAGAAGCCCUACACUUGCCCUGAGUGCGGGAGAAGCUUCUCCUGGGUGUCCUCCCUCAUCACUCACAAGAGGACACACACCGGUGAGAAGCCCUUCCCCUGCACCUUAUGUGGGAAGAGAUUUUCGGAUUAUUCCGGUAUCAUAAAACAUCAGAGAAUUCAUACCGGUGAAAAACCAUUCUCCUGUGCGGUCUGUGGGGAAAAUUUUGCUCACACGUAUCAACUGGCUAAACACCAGUCGGCGCAUUUGGCUGGAAAUGCAGCAGAAAAUACUUAACCCUAUGCAGCCAGGAGUACUUACUACUGAGAAUGCAGCCCAGAAUCUGAGUGAGAUUUAUCAAAUAUUGGAGAGAAAGUACCAAUCAAUCAGCUUACGUCAUUUUGUAAAAUUUGCAGAAGCUGAUUGGUUGGUCCUUUUUUAUCUCCCUUCAAGAUCUUAUGUUUUAGACACACACCACUUUCUAGGCCCUCGCGCACUUCUUAUCUAAACUUUAUUAUUUAUGGCCUCUAGGCAAUCAAUGGUAUUGUUUGCCAUCUUAGUUUAUUAUAUUGCUACUAUAAAUUCUUAUUAAUUUUGUGAACAUAGGACAUCCUGCAUCAAGUUUUAGGUUGUAGAACCGUUAUGUGAGCACCCUUAAGUGAAGCAAUAUCCAAUUUAUAUCUCCAAUAGCUCAAAGUUUUAUGUGUUUUUAUUUUGUUUUAAAUAAAGGAUUUGCUAAAUCUG